AUGUAUACACGAAAGAUUCUAUUUGUCUUAAUUUUAUUAAUUAUUUCAAUAGCUGCGCAACGUGACAAGAAAAAGCUCUGUAUACAUAAUUUAGUUAUCAAUGGUACGAAUUUAAUUACUGGCCAUCGUAAACAAUUAUUAAUAUUAAGUGUUGUUAAUUUCAAUAAUCCAUCGUCUCGUACACAAGCGAAUAGAUUUCUGGAUUUAUAUCGUGAACUAGAACGUCAGCAUAUCCGUGAUUCUGUUGUUCGUUUGAUGCUUAUCAAUGAACAAGAUGCAGCUCAGUAUUUCAGUGGAAAUAAAUUUGGUAAAAUUCAACUCUUUCAAGACAACCCUCAGGAUCGUCUUGUUCAACGAUUGCAUCGUCAACAUGGUGAAACCUUAAAUAAUUAUGUUUUCGGAAGAUGCGGAUAUUUGAUAUACACCCAAGAGCAUCCAAAUUCCAAUCUUGACGAUGUGAGCAAUUACCAAGAUCUUCUUCGAAUUAUAACCACAGCUGUUAAAAACAAACGACGCUGUCAAAAUCUAUGCAGCUGA